AUGGAUUUGAGCUCUAAAUCCUACAAAUGGAAGUAUGAUGUAUUCUUGAGUUUUAGAGGGGAUGAUACACGUAGGAGUUUCACAAGCCAUCUUUAUCAUGCUCUUUGCCAAAAGGGUGUCAAUACUUUCAUAGACUACAAGGAUCUCAUAAAGGGAGAGCAGAUAACACCUUCACUUCUUAGGGCUAUUGAAGCCUCAAGGAUCUCAGUCGUUGUAUUAUCUGAAAACUAUGCAUCUUCCACUUCUUGCUUGGAUGAACUCCUUAAGAUCAUUGAGUGCAAGGACACUAAGGGUCAGCUGGUUUUGCCGGUCUUUUAUGGUGUGAAUCCAUCUCAAGUAAGAGAACAGAAGGGAAGUUUUGCAGAAGAUUUGGCCAAACAUGAAGACAAGUUCAGGGAUGAUGUCAACAAAGUAAAAAGGUGGAGGGCAGCACUAUGUGAGGCUUCUACUUUGUCUGGGUGGCACAUGGGUGACGGGCAAGAAUCAAAAUUUGUCCAGAGAAUUGUUGAGGAGAUAUUGAGUAAGUUGAACCGCACACCUUUCAAUGUUGCUAAGCAUCCUGUUGGAUUGGAUUCACCUAUUGAAGAUAUUAAAACACUUUUAGAUACUGGAUCAGAUGAUGUACAGGCUAUAGGAAUUUAUGGAAUUGGAGGUAUAGGGAAAACAACACUUGCUAAGGCUGUUUAUAACCAUAUUGCUAACCAGUUUGAGGGUAGUGCCUUCAUUGCAAAUGUUAGAGAAAUUUCAAGUCAAAGAUCUGGGUUAGUUCAACUACAAGAAGCUCUUCUUUCUGAGAUUUUGAACCACAGAUAUUGUAAAGUAGGAAACAAAGACAGAGGCAUUAAUAUGAUAAAGAAUAGGCUUUGCAGCAAAAAAGUUCUCAUAGUUGUUGAUGAUGCUGAUUCGUUGGAGCAACUGGAAUCAUUGAUUGGAGAAUAUAGUUGGUUUGGUUCUGGAAGUAGAAUCAUCAUAACAACUAGAGAUGAGCAUUUGCUAGUUGCUCACAAUGUGGAAACAAUCUACAAGGUCAACGAAUUAAAUCAUGGUCAUGCUCUUGAACUUUUUAGUUGGUUUGCAUUCAAAAAUCCAUGUCCUCCAACAAAUUAUGAGAAGCUUUCAUCCCACAUAUUAAACUAUGCCAAGGGACUGCCAUUGGCACUAACAGUUUUGGGAUCUCACUUUUGUGGUAGGGGAAAGGCCGAGUGGAUAAGUGCAUUAGCUAAACUGAAAAAAGCUCCAAAUAAACAGAUUUUUGAAAUACUUAAAAUCAGCUUUGAUGGAUUGGAAGAGAAUGAAAAGGCCAUUUUUCUUGAUAUUGCAUGCUUCUUUAAGGGAGAGGACAGACAAUAUGUGAAAAUGAUAUUAGAUGGCUGUGACCUACAUUCAGAUAAUGGUUUCGGAGUUCUAAUGGAGAAGUCUCUAAUUACUGUAGAAGUUAAUAAGAUUUGGGUGCAUGAUUUGCUACAGGAAAUGGCUAAAGAAAUUGUGCGUCUUGAAUCCCCCAAUGAUCCUAGUAAACGGAGCAGAUUAUGGUUUCAUGAGGAUGUUCUUCAUGUAUUAAAACACAAUAAGGGAAGUAACAACAUUGAAGGCAUAAGGCUAGAUAUACCAGAAUCAGAGACAGAGUACAUAGAGGCCAAGGCCUUGUCAAGGAUGAAUAGACUCAGAAUUCUUAUUAUCAACAAUGUGCAUGUUACAGAUGAUAUCCAGUAUCUACCUGAUGAGCUAAGAAUUCUUAUUAUCAACAAUAUGCAUGUUACAGAUGAUAUCCAGUAUCUACCUGAUACGCUAAGAUUGAUUAAUUGGCCAAGAUACCCUUCUUCAACUCUACCACCAAAUUUCUAUCCAAGGAGGCUUGUCUGUCUAAAUAUGAGUCAUAGCCGCAUCAAGCAGUUGUGGAAGGGAGUUAAGAUAUUCAGAGACUUGAAACUUGUGUCUUUUAGCAGCUGUGAACACCUCAAAGAAAUUCCAGACUUCUCAAUGGUUCCAAACCUAGAAAGCCUAAGCCUAGACAACUGUAGAAGCUUAAUUAAGGAUAUGAUGCUUCCAGAAUAUAUUUCUUGUGAAUUUGUACUUCCAGGGAACAAGAUCCCAGAUUGGUUCCAAUACCAGAGUACUAAUCAUUCCAUUUAUCUUGAGGUGUCUUCAAGUUUAUAUGGUAAGCCCUUGGAGGUGUUUUUUGGCGCAGUUUUUGAGUUGGAUAAAGGUGUUACUACAACUGGCAUGUUUACAGGUGAAUUUGAUAUUAUUGUCAAUGAUACAAAGAUAAAUAUGUUUGCAAGCCAUUUUCUGCCACUGGACUCAAGUCAUGUGUGGUUGGCUCGGUUGAAAGUUGAUCAUUUUAUGUGGCACCUUAAAAGUAUGCGUCAAUGGAAUCACUUUCAGAUUUCAUUUUCAAUCUUUGAAACAUCAUCAAAGGAGAAGAUAGGAGCAACCUUAAAGAGUUGUGGUUUCCAUGUUUGGUCCAAUCAAGAAGGGUAUGUAAUUGAUCAUACAACAGUUAGGAAGUCCACAGGGUAA